GGCAGCUGGGGCCAGGCGCCUCCGGGCCGCCAGGGGGCGCUGUCGGGCAGCGGAGUCCGUCCCGCCGGGCGCCGCGCCCCCACGGUGACACUCUGGGCUGCGCUUCUUGGCGGUGCGGCCGCGCCGGGCCGCGGCUGACGUUGGACAACAGAAAUGGCGGCGGGGAGCAGCAACUACUGGGAAGAUCUGAGGAAGCAGGCGCGGCAGCUGGAGAACGAGCUGGACCUGAAGCUGGUCUCCUUCAGCAAACUCUGCACCAGCUACGGCGGCGGCCGAGACGGAAGGCGCGACAGGUAUAGCUCUGACACAACUCCUCUGUUAAAUGGAUCAAGUCAGGACAGAAUGUUUGAGACCAUGGCUGUGGAGAUUGAACAGCUUCUGGGAAAGCUUACAGGAAUAAAUGACAAAAUGGCAGAAUACACAAACAGUGCAGGAGUCCCCUCCCUGAAUGCUGCUCUGAUGCACACGUUACAGCGUCACAGAGACAUACUGCAGGAUUAUACACACGAAUUCCACAAAACCAAAGCCAACUUCUUGGCGAUACGAGAAAGGGAGAAUCUGUUGGGAUCAGUACGGAAAGACAUUGAAUCAUACAAGAGUGGGUCUGGAGUGAAUAACAGAAGAACAGAGCUUUUCCUGAAGGAGCAUGAACACCUUCGAAACUCAGAUCGACUGAUAGAAGAAACAAUAAGCAUCGCCAUGGCAACUAAAGAAAAUAUGACAUCCCAGAGAGGGAUGUUGAAGUCAAUACAAAGCAAGAUGAAUACCUUGGCUAAUAGAUUUCCAGCGGUGAACAACCUGAUUCAAAGGAUCAACCUACGGAAACGACGAGAUUCCCUCAUCCUGGGUGGUGUUAUUGGCAUCUGUACCAUCUUACUGCUGCUGUAUGCUUUUCAUUGAUGGUUGUUCUCCCAUGGACUCUUCUAAACUCAUCACCACCAUCCCUUCCUCUCCAGCCAAGGAAAAGUGGGUGGGGGAAGCAACAGACUUCAGGCAGCCUGCUCCUCAUGGCUGGGAGUGUCAGCAUGAUGUCUAGAGCUUACAAUGGUAGCCUGUGACACUGGGCUUGGGGUGAAGCUGCAGUGUUUCUCCUUCCCUGCCAUACACCUUCCUUUGGUUAACUUUUUGCAGGAUUUGUUUGUUUCAGUUCCCUUUCUCGCUGCAAGGUAAGUGAACGUGGGACACUUACCAGAACCAAGGGCAGAGUUUUCUGUGCUCAGCGGUGCUGGGGAGAUCUGUUGUUGGCUGGUAAGUGGGAAAAGAUUGUUCUGCUUGCCUUGGGUGGAAACUCCAGGAAGCCAAUUUCUCUUGUCGGCCGAGCACAGUGCUGAACACUUCUGCCCUGUGAAAAGAAUAUUGCAGCUUUCAACCAUCAGGUUGCUUUACUUAUUAAAUACAUAUUCUGUAAUCCUUUUGAACUCCGGGGUGAGUUACUACUUAAUUCUGCAUAACUUGUGCUGUGAAACCCAAGCUUCACACCAGUUCCUCCAAGUGAAACCUAUAUUGUCCAGUUCACUGUUUGCACAGAAUAUGAAUUAAUGACCCUCUGAGGAAGAUCUGUAAAGCUUCUUGUGGCUUUAAGGGGACUCUCAAGGUCCCUCUUUGUCAAAAGGGAGCACAGUGUCCUAGCAGCUGUUUACGAUAGGGUUCAGGCAUCUGAAAAACGACCAAACAUGAGUUUACCUAAAAGUGGUCUUUUGGGUGUAAAUACUUUUGAUUUUGGCUGGCAUCAUAAAGGUCUUUAUAAAGACAUGCUAAGCAGUUUGAAAAGUCUAUAUUGUAAUUUAGAUAAAGUUAUUCUAAUAGCAUUAAUAUUUUUACACUGUAAGUAGGAGAUAAUCUAAACCUGUUGAUUGGAAAUGAGAACCGUGACGGUUUUACCUGAAGCAAAUGUGUAUGUGUGGACAUAACUCCUCAUAACAAAGAGCUGAAGGUAUGAACAGUGCAACAAGUGUUACUUACCAUUACCUGGGGGGCAAGAGAGAAGUUUUGUCCAGAUGUGCAACACGAAUUCAGUUGUGUUUGUGUCUAAACAAAGCAAAGGUCGAUAACAGCUUUGCAGAUUCACAAAUUGCAAAUUUUUCUCCUCUUUGAACAGUUCUUCUCCUUCUGUCAUAUCAGAACCCCAUAAAUUCCAGCCGAGGCACUGAAAUGUCUUUAAAGAACUUGAUCAACUCUCAUUCCACAAUCACUUUACAGUGCCCCCUAACAGAUUUCCUGUAUGCUGUUACUCACAAAUGCCAGAGAUCCUCCAGGGUUCUCUUCUGGAGCAAAACCUAACAGGAUGGAUGCUUUUUUUAUUUACUGCUUUCUAUAGUGUCUGUGAAGUAGCUGUCAGAGGGAGUAGAGACUUGUGCUUGUGUAGUGUGCAAACCCACACUGUCACACCUAAACUCUGUGUAUGGAUUUGAAGGCUUUAUCUGCAGACUAAUAACUUUGUGCUAAAGAAUCGUCAAAGGCUUCUGAUCAGUCAUCUCCUCGUUGGGAUCAGAAAGUGUUUGGGAUUCAUAGCUGUAAAACUGGGGGCUUGGAUUUGAAAUAAAAAGUGAUUAUUUGGUUGAUUUGGGAAUGUUCCUGCUUUGAAAUGAAGCAUUCAUUAAAAGGACUUAUGGAAAA